AUGUCUUCUCAAACAUUACUGGGGAACAACAACAUGGCUGAGGACCCACAGGGGACUGUAUGGGAUACUCGCUUCAUCCCAGUGUACAUUGCGGCCAUUUCCUUGGUCGCAUUGAUCCUUCAGAACCUCUACCGAUCGCAACCUGCCAAAAGGCUCUAUUCUAAUUUGAUCGCACUCGGUACCCCCUCACCGUCUUCUGGUAGUGUGGUGGUCGACCCCAGUGACUCUGCAGGCGCCGGAGAGUUGAGGGCACCUCCUAGUCUCUCUCGCCGUUUCAUCCGCUUGAAUGCAGAACAAGAGGACCGAACAGAGUCGACCGGCCAGCCCGCCUCGCUUGAGAUUGUUUUAUGCGGGACCUACACUUAUGUUUCCCUGUUAUCGCUCGCGACACUUGUGGCACGGCCCAAGACAAGCGAUAGAGUGACCAGAUAUCUCGUUCUGAUACUGCUCUCCGCGUGGGUUACCUAUGUGUACAGAGACAUUUGGCCAUACGCAACGUUCGACCUGACACCCGCGGAUGCCUCUGAGGGGAUAUACCUGUGGACGAAGAUUGCCUUCUUGACGCUAGCUGCUGUGCUUGUCCCUCUGUUUAGCCCUAGACGGUAUAUACCUUCCGUCUCCAAGACUGCCUCCCUCGCAUCCUUGAUGUUCUUUACCUGGAUCGAUCCGAUCGUCUUCAAGGCGUACCGCGUUCCACACCUUUCCGUUGAUGAGCUUCCUCCACUUGCCGACUAUGACGAUUCGGAAAGUCUGGUGAACUCACACAUGAAGGAGCUUGACCCCUUGCUGGUCAGGAAGAAAGGGCAACAUAUUGGAUGGGGUUUGCUGAAAGUUUUCCGGAAUGACUUCAUUGUCAUGGGUACCAUGCUUACGCUCAACGUUAUUGCCCGCUUCGUCAGCCCAAUAGCCGUAAGGAAUCUACUCGCGUACCUGGAAGGCAGUAGCGACACUACUCUUCGGCCCUGGGUAUGGGUCAGCUUGCUCUUCGUCGGCCCAAUCCUUACCGUCUUAUUCAUUUCCAUGUACCUGGUCUACUGUGCCGGGAUACUCGUACGUGUAGAGGCUCUCGUCACACAGCUCGUCUUCACCCAUGCACUUCGCAUGAGAGUGAAAUCAGAAGUCUCGGAGACGCCCGCUCCGAAAGCGGGCGCAGCUUCUACCGUAGCCCCUGAUGGUGAAGGCACUAGCAGUGCUCCUGGGGUACAAAACGCCUCGACUGACAACACCAAAGGAAAGCAGAGGGCGAGCUCGAAUGCCCCAAAGCAAGCUCAGUUGGGCACUGCCUCACAGAGGAGCAAAAACUUUGUUGGUAGAAUCAACAAUCUAAUUACAACAGACCUACAAUCGCUCGCCACGGGACGUGACGUCUUGCAUCUGUUUGUCAUGGUGCCUGUCCAGACAUUCCUAUGUGUCUGGUUCUUAUACUCGGUAUUGGGAUGGAGUGCUUUUGUUGGGAUGGCUGUCAUAGUUUUGCUUCUGCCGGUUCCUGGUUCUGUCGCCAAAAUGAUCCGAGGGGUCCAAGUCGACAAAAUGAAGAAGACCGAUGCCCGCGUGCAAGGGGUUACUGAAGCCAUGAACGUGAUCCGAAUGAUCAAGCUAUUCGGCUGGGAGCGCAGAAUAACGGAUCAGCUAACGGAAAAGCGCGAGGUCGAACUGAAGUCUGUCAAGAGGGCUAAACUUCUGCAAAUGAUUAGUUCCAGUCUGACCAUCGAAGGUGUUCUCAUCGAUGACCGACUGACAAGCACAGUGUUUGACAUGUUCACUUUACUCCUCAAUCAAAUUACAAACAUGCUCACACCAUUCAUACGCGCUAAAGUCUCGCUAGACCGUCUGAAUGAGUUCCUUCAGACCACCGAGCUACUAGACGAGUUUGCAGAGCAACAGGAGGCUGAUGUGUCGGCUUCCAUGCUGAAGGAUGAUGUCCCCAGUGAUUUGAUUGGUUUCUGCGACGCGACGUUCACCUGGACGAAAGAGGACAGUCUACCCUCAAGCACCGGGUCAUCGAGCCGAAAUUUCACGCUUUCAGGGCCGCAUAAACCUGAUCAUUGGACCCACUGGGUCGGGGAAGACUUCCCUGCUAAUGGCACUGACCUAUUUGACGGCGUCGGAAAGGAAAAUAUUCUCUUCGGUACGGCGCUUGACGAAGAGAGAUACAAUAAGGUCAUUAAGCAGUGUGGUCUCGAACGAGACCUGGGAUUGUUCGAUGCUGGCGAUCUCACCGAGGUCGGGGAGAAAGGUAUCACACUAAGGUAUGCGGCCCGAGUGACUCUUGCGCGAGCCGUAUACUCGAAAGCAGAGAUCCUGUUACUUGACGAUAUUCUGGCUGCUCUCGAUGUGCACACUGCUCGUCACGUUAUGGAACAUUGUCUUCAAGGUGAUCUUAUUCGAGGUCGCACAGUGCUCUUGGUGACCCACAACGUCGCAUUGGCUAUUCCUGUCGCAGGUUUCAUCGUCGCCAUGGGUAUUGAUGGACGAGUUUCCAGUCAAGGUUCGCUCUCAGAUGCUCUGGAGGAUGUUACACGAUUGGCAAAGGAUAUCGUCGAGGAGCGCCAAACAGCCAGAAUAGCGGAGGACGUUACGGAUAAGAAAGUCUUUGUGAACGCUUCAAAGAACGGCAAACUUGUUGUUGCAGAGGAGAUCGCUAUUGGUCACGUCGGUGUCAAGAGCAUGAAGUUGUACUUCUCGAAUCUUGGGGGGAAGCAUUACCUCAUGUUCUGGCUGUUGGCACCGUGCAUUUUAGUAUCUUCAGAAAUCAUACGCAACCUGCAGGUUUGGUGGCUCGGGUAUUGGGCACGGCAGUACGAGGAGCGAGCAGCCGAAGAAGUCAGCGCCCCUUUUUAUCUAUCAAUUUACGGCCUGCUUUUGUCCACCACGGUCCUCCUCAUCACCGCGUUCAACAUUGUCUGGAUCUUCGCCACGCUGCGGGCGUCGAGAGCGAUCCACAAGAGUUUUAUCGCCUCCGUAUUUGCCACGACAUUGAGGUUAGAUGGCUCGAUAAAACACCCACUUCACCUCGGUGCUGUUGUGAUCACCUCCCCGAUAUUCCUCACUCCUGGAAUCAUCAUCGCGCUCGCAGGCGGAUACAUCGGCCGCAUCUAUAUGAAGGCGCAACUGUCUGUAAAACGCGAAAUGAGCAACGCUCGCGCCCCCGUGCUCGGCCAUGUUGGUUCCGCAUUCUCCGGGCUAGUAUCUAUUCGAGCAUUUGGAGCUCAGGAAGCAUACAAGAAAGCAUCAUGGGUAUCUAUUCGCCUCGAAGGACUCAGCGCACUGUUUACUGUGAGUUUGGCUGCAUAUCUAGUCUACGCCUCCCACGAGAGCGCAUCAAACAUCGGGUUUGCGCUUAACAUGGCAGUCGGAUUCAGUAGCUUGAUCCUGUCCUGGGUGCGCAUGUUCAACGACACUGAGGUAAACGAUGCAGCGUGGAACGCAUCCACCAAUACCUGGAAAUUGAGCACGAGCCAGCACCUACCCAAGCUGGACAACCGCCAGCCUACUGGCCAGCCAGUGGCGAUCUCAAAGUCGAACAACUGUCUGCUCUAUGACGAUGCAGUAAUGAACAAUGCUCUACGCUCUGCGGGGCUGUUUACUUUGCAGAACGACAUGACAGAAGGCCAGAUCACCCUUGAUAGUCCAAUUGCGAGCGAAGGUGGCAACUUGUCCGUCGGCCAGAAGCAAAUACUUGCGCUUGCGAGAGCGAUCCUAAGGCAGAGCAAGCUUCUGAUCCUAGAUGAAGACUAUGAGACGGACGCCGUAAUUCAAGCUUCCUUGCGCACAGAGCUUGACAAGAGUGUGACCAUCCUGACAGUCGCGCACCGUCUCCAAUCCAUCAUGGAUUCUGACAAGAUAAUGGUCCUUGACGCUGGCAGGAUCGCCGAGUUCGGCAAGCCAAGUGACUUACUGUCGAUUGAAGGCGGGCUGUUACGUGCCCUCGUAGACGGGAGUGGUGACAAGGAGAAACUGUACGCAAUGGCUGUUGGGGACGAUUCCCAUUAG